CUCUCUUCCUCCGCCGGUGGUCCAGAGCGCGGGAAAGAAGCAAGCCGCCGCAGCACGGCGUCGGCCUCAGCGGGCGGGACGCACACGCUCAGCGUCAUGGCGGGCUGAGGCCGAUGAUAAAUUCCGGUGUACAUGUGAGGGUUGCUGUGUCACUCGGCCCGCUCGGCGCGCCGCUUCCCCGCCGCCCUUCCGCACCGGCUCUCGGGCUCUUCCGGUAUCCGACCGCCGCUUACCUCCGGGCCCUUCUACUGCAGCUGCCCGGCGCACGCCGGGUCUCCGCUGAGGACUGAUCUCGAGCGGUGUCCCGGCCCGGCGCCAGACCAACACUGGCCAUGGCGAGCGGCGCCACCAGGUACCGGCUGAGCUGCUCGCUCCCGGGCCACGAGCUGGACGUGCGGGGCCUGGUGUGUUGCCUCUAUCCGCCGGGUGCCUUUGUGUCAGUGUCCCGAGACCGCACUACCCGCCUUUGGGCCCCAGACAGUCCUAACAGGGGCUUUACAGAAAUGCACUGUAUGAGUGGCCACUCCAAUUUUGUCUCUUGUGUAUGUAUCAUACCCUCAAGUGAUAUGUAUCCUCAUGGACUAAUUGCCACUGGAGGAAAUGACCACAAUAUUUGCAUUUUCUCCCUGGAUAGCCCAGUGCCACUUUAUAUUCUGAAAGGUCACAAAAAUACUGUUUGUAGUCUUUCAUCUGGAAAAUUUGGGACAUUACUUAGUGGCUCAUGGGACACCACUGCUAAAGUCUGGCUGAAUGACAAAUGCAUGAUGACUUUGCAGGGUCAUACAGCUGCAGUAUGGGCGGUAAAGAUCUUACCUGAGCAGGGCUUAAUGUUGACGGGAUCGGCAGACAGGACUAUUAAGCUGUGGAAGGCUGGAAGAUGUGAGAGGACUUUUUCAGGACAUGAAGACUGUGUAAGAGGUUUGGCUAUUUUGAGUGAAACAGAAUUUCUUUCCUGUGCAAAUGAUGCUAGUAUUAGAAGGUGGCAAAUCACUGGCGAGUGUCUUGAAGUAUAUUAUGGACAUACAAAUUAUAUUUAUAGCAUAUCAGUCUUUCCAAAUUGUAAAGAUUUUGUGACAACAGCAGAAGACAGAUCUCUGAGAAUCUGGAAACAUGGGGAAUGUGCUCAAACAAUCCGACUUCCAGCUCAGUCUAUAUGGUGCUGCUGUGUCCUAGACAAUGGUGACAUCGUGGUUGGUGCAAGUGAUGGUAUUAUUAGAGUGUUUACAGAAUCAGAAGAUCGAACAGCAAGUGCUGAAGAGAUCAAGGCUUUUGAAAAAGAGCUCUCUCAGGCAACCAUUGAUUCCAAAACUGGUGAUUUAGGGGACAUUAAUGCUGAGCAGCUUCCUGGGAGGGAACAUCUGAAUGAACCUGGUGGUGGUCGGUAUGUUCCCAGUUCGUCAGUAUCUUCUAACACACUGCCUACAGCAGAUCCUUUUACAGGUGCUGGUCGUUAUGUGCCAGGUUCUUCAAGUUUGGGAACUACCGUGGCUGGAGUUGAUCCAUUUACAGGGAAUAGUGCCUACCGUUCAGCUGCAUCUAAAACAGUGAAUAUUUAUUUCCCUAAAAAAGAGGCUGUCACUUUUGACCAAGCAAAUCCUACACAAAUAUUAGGUAAACUGAAGGAACUUAAUGGAACUGCACCCGAAGAGAAGAAGUUAACUGAAGAUGACUUGAUACUUCUUGAAAAGAUACUGUCUCUAAUAUGUAAUAGUUCCUCAGAAAAACCCACAGCCCAGCAACUUCAGAUUUUGUGGAAAGCUAUUAACUGGCCUGAAGAUAUUGUCUUUCCUGCACUUGACAUUCUUCGGUUGUCAAUUAAACAUCCCAGUGUGAAUGAGAACUUCUGCAAUGAAAAGGAAGGGGCUCAGCUCAGCAGUCAUCUUAUCAAUCUUCUGAACCCUAAAGGAAAGCCAGCAAACCAGCUGCUUGCUCUCAGGACUUUUUGCAAUUGUUUUGUUGGCCAGGCAGGACAAAAGCUUAUGAUGUCCCAGAGGGAAUCACUGAUGUCCCAUGCAAUAGAACUGAAAUCAGGGAGCAAUAAGAACAUUCACAUUGCUCUGGCUACAUUGACCCUGAACUAUUCUGUUUGUUUUCAUAAAGACCAUAACAUUGAAGGGAAAGCUCAAUGUUUGUCAGUAAUUAGCACAAUCUUGGAAGUUGUACAAGACCUAGAAGCCACUUUUAGACUUCUGGUGGCUCUUGGGACACUUAUCAGUGAUGACUCAAAUGCUGUACAAUUAGCCAAGUCUUUAGGUGUUGAUGCUCAAAUAAAAAAGUAUGCUUCAGUAUCAGAACCAGCUAAAGUAAGUGAAUGCUGUAGACUUAUCCUAAAUUUGCUGUAGCAAUGGGCAAGGGGGGGGCUGAGAUUUUAGAUUGAUCCAUGUUUUUUUUCUCACAUUUUACAUGACUGAUAACAGAUGAUAAAACAAAAAAGAAUACUGUGGAUUAAGUGAAAUUUCAGAUCUUGUAAAUUGGUGGGAAGGGAAACAAAUAAAAUUUUUGCACUGAUGAA